AUGGGCUGGAUUGAGAUCUGCACUGCUGCUGUCGAAGAAAUCCGCGCUGCCAGCCUGUGCCGGAGAUCCGUGCUGUUGGAGAUCCGUGCUGCCAGCCUCUGUCAGAGAUCUGCGCUGCCAGCUGCUGUGUCCGAGAUCCGCGCUACUAGCUGCUGUGUCCGAGAUCUGCGCUACCAGCUGCUGUGUCAGAGAUCUGCACUUUCGGUGAUCCAGGGACAGAAGCUGUGUCGGAGAUCCGUGCGCCAGCCUCUGUGGCAGAGAUCUGCGCUAUCCGCGCUGCCAGACUGUGCCAAAGAUCCGGGCUGUUGGAGUUCUGCAUUGCCAGUCUCUGUCAGAGAUCCGCGCUACCAGCAGCUGUGUUGGAAAUCCACGCUGCCGGGGAUCCCUUCUGCCUGCCUGUGUCAGAGAUCUGUGCUGUCAGAGAUCUGUGCAGUGAGCCGGUGUGUCAGAGAUCCACGCUGUCAGCCUGUGCCAGAGAUCCGGGCUGUUGGAGUUCCGCAUUGCCAGCCUCUGCCAGUCGCUGUGUCGGAGACCAGUUCUGCCGCGGACCCCUUCUGCCUGCCUGUGUGGGAGAUCUGCGCUGUCAGAGAUCUGUGCUGCCAGUCACUCUGCCGGAGAUCUGCACUGCCAGCCCCUGUGUCAGAGACCCGCUCUGUCAGAGACCCGCACUGUCGGAGAGCUGCGCUGCCAGCCCCUGUGUCAGAGAUCUGCGCUGUCAGAGAUCCGCUUUGCCUGCCGCUGUGUCCGAGAUCCGCGCUGCCAGCCGCUGCGUCAGACAUCCCCUGGCCUCCUAUCCGUGGCCCCUGGCCUCCUGUCCGUGGCCCCCUGGCUUCCUGUCAGUCAGUCUGUGAAUCUCUGAGCCAGAGAAGACAAGAAGAUCACCUGGAGGAAUCACCUGAAUCCAGCCCCCCCAGCCGCCAUCAGCUGCAGCAGCAGUCCCCCAGCGAGGGUUUGGACCCAACAGCUCCUUUGUUAUGAGAGAAGCUGCAGGCCGUCUGAAAGUCCUCACACCGACUCUGUUUUCAUGCUAAUGC